AAGUGUUCUUAUUUAGUUGUCUUAAAGGUAUUUCGGUUAACUAAAGUCAAUAACUAUUAACAUUAUUUUAUUUAAAAAUGUUUAUUAUUUUAAGUAACUAUUUUAUAUACAUUUGGUUGACUAUUAUUAUUUGUAUUCAUAGUUUUGUGCAUCAAAUACGAGUAGAAUUACCUUCUGUGUCUGAAAGUACUUCUCUGGAGCUGGAUGAGUAUAACGAAAUCAAUUUUGAUCAAAAUUCCAAUAGUUUAUAUAAUACUUCAAAACACGUGUUUUAUUGGCUUUAUACGAGUAACGAAACCGACGGUCAACUUUUAAAUAGAAGUGAACCACGUAUGAUAGAAUCAACUACAUAUGAUUUAGCAAAUCCAAUGAAACUUAUAGUGCACGGUUGGCUGGGUACUACCCAAGAAAAAGAGGGUCUUUGUUCAAUAAAUAUAAAAUCCUAUUUUAAAGUGGGUAAUUAUAACGUGAUUUGUGUUGAUUGGAAACAAUAUUCAACUGAUUUAUCCUACGCUAUUGCAAAGGCAAGGGCUAAGCACAUUGGAAAGGACAUAGCUAGAGUUGUGUCAAGAAUAACGAAAAAUAUGACGGAAGGUACUGCAGAUAUGCAUUUGAUAGGACACAGUUUGGGAGCUCACAUCGUUGGUUUCACAGGAAAAAUAUUGACAAAUCUAGUUCCUCGAAUUACAGGAUUAGAUCCUGCAAAACCAAUGUACGAAAAAAGUGAUCCGCAAGACCGACUUGACUUUACUGAUGCACAGUAUGUGGAUAUUAUUCAUACAAAUGGUGAUCAAAAUGCGCUUUUUGAAGCACUGGGCCAUAUAGAUAUUUAUCCAAAUGGAGGAAAGUCACAACCAAACUGCGGAAAGAUGGAUAAACGUACCGGUUCAUGCAGCCAUAUUAAAUCUUAUCAUUAUUUUGCACAUUCGAUAUGGGCUAAAGAAGAUUAUGUUGCACAAAACUGUUCCAGUUGGGAUGAUUACAAAAACAAAAAGUGCAAAAAUAAUGAUACUACUUUUAUGGGUGAACACGUAGAUAAAAACAAAACAGGAACUUACUUUUUAGAAACUGAAAUAGAAGAUUAAUAGAAAUAUGAAGCGAUGAAUGCAUAUGCUUAUAUUUCACAAUAUUGGAAAUUACAUAUCCUGACUAAAGUGUGAUUGUAUAGUUAAUAAUUUAUACACAUUUCUAAUAAACUUUUGUAAAUUAUUAAUAGUUCUCAGGAUUAAAAUUAUUUAAAUGAAAAAAAAAAAAAAAAAAAUUAACUGAACCAAAUUUUUAGUUCAAAUACUAGUUAAAAUUGGUUCUUUAUAAGUCUAUAGUAUUAGUAUAAUGUUUA